AUGGCGACAGAGGAUGAAGUGAAUCUGUUGGUGAUUGUGGUUGAUGUAAAUCCGAUCUGGUGGGGACAGCAAGGACUACGGGACCCUGAGUUCACGCUGUCUAAAUGCAUGGACGCUGUGAUGGUGAUGGGCAACUCUCAUAUGUCCAUGGGCAGAAACAACAAACUGUGUGUUAUCGCCAGCCACUGCCAGGACAGCCACUUCCUGUAUCCCAAUAAGAGCUGGAGGGGCGGAGACGGACGCGAUGAAGACGCCUCGUCCAGCGGAGACGGGAAAUACGAGCUACUGACUGUGGCCAACAACCUGGUGGCCCAAGAGAUCUGCAAUGUCAUGUUAAAAACUGAAAUCAAAGGCAGCUUCACAGACACCAUGUUGGCUGGAUCUCUCGCCAAAGCUCUCUGCUAUAUUCACCGGAUGACCAAAGACCUGGAGGUCAGCCAGGAGAUCAAGUCCAGGAUAUUGGUGAUCAAAGCAGCAGACGACUGUGCGCUUCAGUACAUGAACUUUAUGAACGUGAUCUUCGCCGCUCAGAAACAGAACAUUCUGAUCGAUGCGUGUGUUCUGGACGCAGACUCGGGCCUCCUUCAGCAGGCGUGUGACAUCACCGGAGGCCUGUACCUGAAGAUCCCCCAGAAAGCAGCUCUGGCUCAGUACCUUCUGUGGGUUUUCCUGCCGGACCUGGAGCAGCGCUCUCAGCUGGUGCUUCCUCCUCCGGCUCAUGUGGACUACAGAGCGGCCUGCUUCUGCCACCGGAACCUCAUCGAGAUCGGAUACGUGUGCUCCGUCUGCCUGUCUAUAUUCUGCAACUUCAGCCCCAUCUGCACCACCUGCGAGACGGCCUUCAAGAUCCAACUGCCACAGAUGGUGAAGCCCAAGAGAAAGAAGCUAAAACCCUCUUGA